AAUUAAUCUCUACGCUUCUCUCUCUACAAUUACUCCUUGAGAGCAUCUCUCUCUAGAAGACCGAGUAUUGCUGACUUGAGCGUCGGAGUGUUUUCCCCGAGGAAACAACCUAGGGAUUUUCAGGUGUAGAAGCAGCUAAGGAUUUCAACAGUGUUGGAUUGCGAAGCUGCCCAAACAUUUGGCGCCGUCUGUGGGAACACGAACAAGGAGUCGUGUGGCUUAACUUGCUGGAAGUAUGGUUCGUACCUUUACAAGAGGCCACCCCCCAAGAAAUGAAAUGGACGAACAGGAGGACACUCAUGUAUCUGAACCUGGCUUGAAUGACUUUAGGCCAAUGCCAAGAAAUCUUUUUAUAGGAGGAGCCGAACAGGAUCACCUAAGUGAGACAGAUGAUGAAAGAACACCAACUGGGUAUGCAACCUAGUCUGAACAGUUCCAAGUUCCAGCAGGAACAAGACAAAGAUCUGCUAAACCGUACAAUUCACGGCAUGAGCGACCUGAAAGGUCAACAGAACCUGCUCGGACAACCGAGCUCGAAGAGAGAACCAGAGUUCUCGAAAUGGCAAUGGGUAAAAUACUUGCCUGUUUAAUUCCUGAUGACCCCUUGAUUCCUUUGCUGAACAGAGAUGCACAACCGGUUG